AUGUCUUUCGCCCGUCUGUCCUCUGUAAACCCGUUGGCACUCGCGGCGCUUUUCCUUCUCCUCUCCACUCCUUUCCACUCGGCCUCAAGCUUGUCGCUGCCGACCCAGCAGAGCCCGUUCCUCCCCUCGCAUCGACCGAACUUUCAGAGCCCUCCAGUCCCGCCGCGGCAGUCUGUGGACCUGUCUCUCUCGCCCUUCUCUGAUUCCAGGUCUACUCUCUCUCCAUGCUCUUCUCAGUCUUUCGCGGCUUUUGUCCACGAAUCGCACGCGACUCUGCCUGUCGCUCCUGGGCGGCUUUCGUCCACUUCGGUCUUUUCGUCUCGCGCGGGGGUCCUGAGCUUCGCCUCGCGGCGCCUCUCUUCCGCCGCCCGCCGUCACAGGGACGCCUGGCGCGCUCCGGCAGACGGCCGCGGAGCUCAGCAAACUGCCUCUCUUUCUGCAGAACCUAGCGACGGGGAAGCACGGCAGCCUCGCGGCGAGAAGCAGAGCGAGCUUCUGGCGCGAGAUGCGGCGUUGCAGGCUUGUGGGGUUCCCCUGGGAAGCCUAGACGCGCUAAGGGAGCUUCUGCGACGCUCUGAAGAGGCUCAGGCGCCUCCGUCGACUCUCCCUUCUGCGCUGUCCUCUCUGAUCUCCUCGUCGUCGCCUCCCUCAGAAGGGGUGAAAAAAAUCAUCCUUCUUGGCAGCACAGGGAGCAUCGGGAAGAGCACACUGGAGAUCGUCAAAGCCUUCCCCACCUUAUUCCAGGUGGUCGGCCUCGCUGCUGGCGGGUCCAACGUCGAACUCUUGGCUGAACAAAUCUCUCUCUUCAGGCCACAAUACGUGUACCUGGGCGACUCCUCGAAAACGUCCGAGCUGAAGGAGAGGCUGCGAGCAUUGGCAAACACCUCUUCCUUCCCUGUGCCUCAGCUGCUGCUGGGAGACGCCGGCCUCACAGAACUGGCCUGCACCGCUGAGUACGACGUCCUGGUCUCGGCUAUUGUGGGCUUCAAAGGCGUCCUGCCGACGCUGAAGGCCCUCGAGGCAGGCAAAGACGUCGCGUUCGCCAACAAGGAAGCCCUGGUUGCGGCAGGCCCGGUGUUUCGCUCGUUGCUGUCGAGGCGCGGCGCGCUCUACGGCGAAGCGACACCCAACGAGAGGGGCGGAGCCAGUGGGGCGGCGGAAGACACGCGCCCGACACGGCGUGGGUUGCUCCUCCCUGUGGACUCUGAGCACUCGGCGAUCUUUCAGGCGCUGCAGGGCGUCCCGCCGACGUGCUACCCCCCCAGAAAGCUGCUCCUGACGGCGACUGGGGGCCCGUUCCGAGGCAGGAAACGUGAAGCUUUGCAGCAGAUCACACUGGAAGACGCACUCAAGCACCCCAAGUGGAGCAUGGGAGCGAAGAUUACGAUUGACAGCGCGACGCUGAUGAACAAAGGCCUAGAAGUCAUUGAGGCGCACUUUGCCUUUGGAUGUCCAUACGCCUCGAUCGAGGUUCUCGUCCACCCGCAGGCGAUUGUGCACUCCGCAGUCGAGCUGCAGGAUGGCGCGACGCUCGCGCAACUCGGCCUUCCAGACAUGAAGCUCCCAAUCGCCUACGCCCUCACCUGGCCUCACCGCAUCGCCGCGCCAUGGUCUGCCGGCGUCGACCUCACGAAGGAGGGGGCUUUGACGUUCGAGAAACCGGAUCUGGAUACCUUUGGCUGCUUGCGCCUGGCUUACGAGGCCGGCGAGCGAGGAGGCGUCGCGACCGCGUGUUUGAACGCCGCGAACGAGAUUGCCGUAGAGAGGUUCCGGGGGAGAGAAAUUUCUUUCUUGGGCAUUGAGGACACUGUGCGUCACGUCAUGGACAUGCAGGCGACCGAAGGCAGCGCAGAUCCCGCCAAAGCCGUCUCGCUCGAGGAUGUCUUCGAGGCCGAUCGCUGGGCUCGUCAGGCAGCUCGAGAAUUCAAAUCCAAAAACUGA